AUGUCGUCACCCAAUGCUUCAAAGAUGACUUACAACAAUCUCACCGUCGUAGGCCUCCGGCAAGAGUUCACACAUCGUGGUCUCUCUACUGCCGGCAUCAAGCUUAAGAAGGAUUUGAUGGCGCGUCUGCAGCAACAUGACAGUGAUAACAAUGUCAAUACAUCGUCUUCUGUCGUCAAGUCAGAACCCGACUUCGACUCUUCGUCUCUCACAGUCAAAGCAGACGAGUCCUUGCCUGCCACCGUCAAGACUGAGACUCCAUCUGUGCCACCUUACGAACCGUCAGAGUAUGGCUCCGACGACCUGUUCGAUGAACUCGACGCCGAUGCUCUAGUCAGUGCAAGCCAGCAAUUCCAGUCCGCCUUUCCCAGACCCGACUCCUCCUUCGCCAUCCCUCCGACUCCUACACUCAAGCGUCCUCUCCCCACGGACAACGACGACGAUGACCUCUCGGGCGAUGACAUGUUCGAUGAUCCGAGCAUCGAAGAGAUAUGGACCUCGUCACAACAAGAGAGACAUAAUACAGCUCCACCAGCAGACAAGCCUGAGCAUGUCGCUCUAGUCCGCAGGCUGCUGCGAGAAAAGUUUGGGUAUCCCGCUUUCCGUGGCGAACAGGAGAAGGCCAUACUGUCAAUAUUGAGAGGCGAGAACACUCUGACCAUCUUUCCCACAGGCGCGGGGAAGUCGCUUUGCUACCAGAUUCCAGCCAUUGCCUUUCCGCUCAUGGACAAAAUGAGUGGUAAUGAACGACCACACGGAGCUGGCAUCACACUUGUCGUUUCACCUCUCAUUGCGCUGAUGAAAGACCAGACUGAUGCUUUGAAGAAGAGAGGCAUCGCUGCUGAUUGUUCCGACUCGACAAAGACGUAUGAGCAGCAUCAACAAAUUCACGCCGAUAUCCACUCCGGAAAACUGCGUUUGUUAUACGUGUCUCCUGAAAAGCUCUCUAAUGAAGCUUUUGUUGCAAGUAUGAAACACGUAGCAGGCGGUGUCAGGCUCGUUGCCGUCGAUGAGGCUCAUUGUAUAUCUGAGUGGGGCCACUCGUUCCGCCCAACUUACUUGAUGGUCGAGCGUUUCACGAAAGAGAUCAAGGCUGAAAGAGUCAUCUGUCUGACUGCGACUGCUACGCCCAAAGUCGCUGACGACGUACGCGCAGCCUUCAGCGUCUUAGAGCGCAACGAGUUCCGCACCAGUCCGUAUCGCCCCAACCUUAGACUGGAAGCGGUCGCUACAGACUCGCAGNGGGCGAAGCUCCCGCUGUUGUUCAAGUGGCUCAGAGAACACCCAGGUCCUAUCAUAGUCUACGUCACCCUCCAACAACAAGCAGAGGAUUUGUGCAAGACUCUGCGUCAAAAGUCGUUCAAUGCUGCGUUCUAUCAUGCCGGCAUGAAAGUUGAAGAAAAAACAGCUGUGCAAGACAGCUUCAUGGCUGAUGAGAUCAGAAUUGUCGUUGCAACUAUCGCUUUCGGCAUGGGCAUCGACAAAUCAGACAUCAGAGGAGUGGUCCACUUCGACCUCGCUUCGACAGUCGAAGAGUACAGUCAGCAAAUCGGUCGCGCAGGAAGAGAUGGAGAGCCUGGCUAUUGCAUCAUGUUCAUCUGCCAUGCGGAUAUCUACCUGCGUCAGAACUUCAGUCUCGGCGACCUUCCUUCUCGCAACUCAUUGCUGCGCCUGCUCAAAGACGUAUUUGGUCGCGAACGCACACCGGACAUCGAAGGAGAGGUUAUCAAGUUGGCACACCGCGAGUUAUCAACUCUCUAUGAUAUCCGUCUUAGUCCGCUUGGUGUCGUUUUCGCUGCGCUCGAACUGAGAUUUGGUCUCUUGCGUGCCAUCACACCGGAGUACACCAGUUAUCAGUUCGAAGAUAAAGGCCGUUACCACACUGUAGCUUUCAGCGAUCACUCGCCAGAGGCUAGAGCCGUCUACUCGAUGUCUACCAAAGCCGUCAAGAACUUCACUUUUGACAUGAACGCGGCUACUCGAAGAGGUCUCAUGCGUGCGGAUCUCGUCAGGAAGCUAGACAGCUGGAAUGCUACUGGAGUCAUCAUGCUCAAGACCUCAGGGGUCAUGAACCGCUACAGAGUUUUGAGUCCUUUGCCUACAGUCGAAGAAGACAUCCAUGCUCUAGCCGAUGAUCUGUAUGCAGAUAUGGCCCAGCGCGAGAAGGAUGCUCUUGGUCGUAUUGAUCAGAUGGUGGGUCUUAUCACGGGAAAAAGCUGCCUUGCUCUUGGUCUUGCGCAGCACUUUGGCAUGGAGCUGCCAGACGGCAGACAUGCGUGCGGCCAUUGUACCCAUUGUGCCUGGGGUGAAGCCGCAACCUUGUCGCCUAAGCCAGCUCCACCAUUGAACGUAGAAGGCGUCAAGCGGGUUCUGGCUGCUUGCCCCCACGAUGAUCCCAGACUCCUGGCGCGUGUCGCUUUCGGCAUCAAGAGCCCAAGAAUUACUCAACUCAAGUUGGACAAAACCCCAGUGUUCGAGUCGUUGGCUGAUCACGAAUUCAGCACGCUUCUCAGAGAAUUCGAGACAGCUUGUAGAACUGCGGCUCACGGGCCUCUGGAUGUGAUGCCGACUCCGGUAAAAGCUAAGAGCUCACCGAGAAGGACAUGGAGCGCAGGUCGCUCAGGCUCAACUGGCAGUGCCAGAGGCCGAGGAGGAAGCAACAGCUACAGUGGCGGAGGAAGCUACAAGAGAGGAAGUAGCAGUGGAAGUAAUCUCGGUAGAGGUGACUCUAAAAGAGGACGUGGAUCAUAUGGUUCCUACCGCUGA